AUGAAGAUAUGUCUACGCUAUCUCGGUGACCCUGGAUAUCAACAAGGUAUUCGUCAGGAACUUGGUGUUAGUCAAGCAACGGUAUGUCGGACUGUGGAUAGAGUUGUGAACAGCAUAGUUGCACAGUCGAACGAAUGGAUCAAGUUUUCAACAACCAACCAUGAACUGAUGGAGGCCAAGCGGAUAUGGCAAAGCAUGUAUAAAUCUCCGACAGCAAUUGGUGUAAUUGAUUGUACACAUAUAGGAAUCCUGAAACCAACUCGCCAUGGAGACGAGUAUAUCAACUGA